CGAACGCUACCUGCACAUCUCUGUCCAUGCUUGAACGCUCAAAAGCGCGCAAUCCUUUUGGCAUUAAAAAACCCUUCAGGCUCGAGAAGCACCGAAGGGGCUGAUGACGAACGACCCGCUAACUGUACAGCCCUCGAACAACUCAAAGCAUUACUAGUAGGCACUACUGAUCGAGGAGAGGGAAACAGCUGCCUUGUGAUUGGCCCUCGCGGAAGUGGAAAGAGUCAGAUUGUGGACGAAGCAAUAUCCUCAUUGCCCGGCAAUCCCAUUGUCAUACGACUGUCCGGCUAUGUGCAACAUAAUGAUCGGCUAGCUAUGCGCGAGAUCGCUCGUCAACUAGCUCUGCAGAGUGGAAAGGCUAUCGACGCCGAGGUCGAGGUCGACAUGGCCGACGAUGAGAACCCAUUUAUAGAGCGUAGCGAACCCAUUCCAUUACCUCCUCCUUCCCAUCUCCCCACGCUGAUAUCGGCUCUUCCCACCCUCGGGCGGCCUACAAUCAUCAUCUUGGAUGCAUUUGACCUCUUCGCCCAGCAUGGGCGGCAAGCCCUUCUGUACUGCCUCCUGGAUACCGCUCAGAGCUGUCGCGCUGGUGCUGGGGGCACCGGAAUUGCCGUAAUCGGCGUCACUCCCCGCGUGGACACUAUCACUCUACUCGAGAAGCGGGUGAAAAGUCGGUUCUCUGGUCGUAUGAUCAGAACCGCGGGCCCCACGACAUUGCAAGACUGGAAUGAUAUUGUACGGAACGUCCUCUGUCCCCCCGUGGAAAACGUGGACAACGAAUGGGCGAAUCUAUGGAAUACGGCCGUCGAGCAGUUCCUAGAAGACCGUACCGUGAAAGAGUCGCUGUCCGAAACCUUUGGCGUAAUGCGAGACGUUCGGCUGUUGUGUCGAAUUCUGACCAAUCAGAUUUUAGAGCUAACGCCUUUGAAUCCCUUCCCGAAACCUUCUCGAUUACAAUCUGCUAUCGCCACGCAGCGCGUUCCUCAUUCCUUUCCUUCUCUUUCUUCACUGUCUUAUCCUUCGAUAUGUUUGCUCAUUGCUGCGACACAUGCACGGACUGCAGGACACGACUCUGCCACGUUUGAGAUGCUGUACGAAACCUUCCGCAUACAGCUUCGAAAUUCCUUGUCUGCUCCCGUUCAAGUCGACGGCGGGGGUAUCGGGAUGGCAUUCGAGCAUUUGAUCACGACAAAAGUAUUUGUGCCUCAGGCUACGAUAAGCGACCACACGGGCAGGGAGUUCGUGCGUUAUCGAUGCAUGGUGGAGAGGGAUGAGGUGAAGAAGACUGUAGAAGCGGUAGGCCAGACAAGCCUAAAGAAGUGGUUCUUCAAGGCACAAUAA